AUGAUGUUGAGAUCCCUCCGACACUUGCCUGCAUGGCACCACCCGUCCAUCAACAUCACGGAGCCUCCCGAGUUCAGCCUGGUGGACGACCUGGUGUGCCUGCCGCUGGAGGAAAUCUACUUCGAGGACGUGGUAUUUCGCAGCAUAUACGAUGGCCUGGCUGUCUUCCCGGAUCUUCAAGGCCCCAACGGAACGAAGUUCGACCUGUGGAACCACACAACAUGGAACUGCAACCCGAAGAACCUUCCGCGCUGGAACGUGACUGAAUUUGGGUUCGCAAAUGUGACCAAUUUGGGCCACCCACUGAAUGGAAGCUCGUACUUCAGCCUACUCCAAUUGGAAUGCGGCAUGGGACGCGCACUGGUACGACAAGGUGUUUCCAGUCUCAAUCCCCAACUCGCGAUACGUGACGUUGCGUAUCAGAAGUGCGUUUUCGCGCCUUUUACGGAGCUCAACGCAAUGAGAUGGUCUGGGCGAGCCCGCCUGGAGUGGAGCGCAGACCUCCGUACGGCACUGGAGUACGUUAAGUACGGCAACCAGACCCUUCCCCGAGGUUGGCAGCAUCCCUCAAUACCCGACCCGGCAGCUGCCCGGCCCUUCCUACCAGACACACUCAGGCGGCUCACCAUCAAGCGGACAAACGAUGCAACGCAUCCCUCCAGGACAUGGACCGGCAAGCCGGUUGUCAGGGGCUUCUUGCCUGCUGAAUGGGCGCUGCUGAAGAACCUGGAGUACCUAGACCUGAGUGACGACAUGGGCGAGGGCCUUAUCGAGGGCCCUAUUCCUAGCACCUGGAUGAUGAUGACUAAGCUGAGGAUUAUGUUUGUCUCCUACAGAAUAGAUGAGUUUUGUCGCCAGGCUGGCUUUGUUCUCCAGCGCCUCGGGAGGCUGCCCUCCAACUUCCCCAAGUGCGGUUCAGUUCCUCCGCACUACUACGGAAAGGGUUUUAUGAACCAGAACAACAAUUCGCGAUAUUUCGUUAACGUCAAGGUGUUUGAUAUGGAUGGCGCCGGAUGGCAGUGGUUCGACAAAUCUACCGGCGAAGCCGGCUACACCAACGUCAUUGCGCCGGAUAGCAAGUGCUGCUGGGAUACCUUCAGCAUGCAUGCAAAGGAGCACCAAUUCACCAUUUCAGGUCCGGACAAUGUCACAGAUUUCCGGGACUACAGCGGUGGUACCCUGCAGCAGAGUCUGGAUGUUUGUGAGACGUCCCGGCCCCUCUACUUCGGGCUGUCGCGGAAGGCAACUGGCCCCAAACCUCGCCUCCCGCCAGCAACUUUUGCCAUGCCUUCUAUUGCACGAGGCCCUUUCUACAUUGUCAUUGCAGCUCCUGCAGCUGUGGAUGUCCCAGGCAUGUUCUGCAGAGCGUGCAGUUGUAACCUGGCAUAUGCAAUAUUGGAUCGUGGGGUAUCGGCCUUUUACACGUCAUCCCCUAGGACGACGCGUACGACCGCUCAGUCCGCAACAGCGGACUGGACCGAAAUCAGCUUGGAAGGCAUGACCAGUAGUGAAGUAGUGGACCCUGCUGGGGGCCGUCACAAGGACGACUACUAUGGACUUAGCGGUGGCGGGGGACAGCCGGUGGACGAGGCUGCGGAGGUGGUUGUCAGCCGCCAUCACGGCCUCCCGUUGCAGCAGCAGCAGCAUCGAGGGCGGCAGCUGCGGCAGCAGCAGAUUGGGCCGCCAUCCCCACCACCUGCAGGGACAUUGCCCACCCUUGACCAGCUGCUUGAACGCGGGCUCAGUAAUACAGCAGGGGUGAACCGAGGAGUGCUCAAGACGGGCAACCUCAACACCACAGCGCCUCCCGGUGUUGACGGGGAGACGUGGAAACGACUCGAUUCGAUCUGGCGGAUGGAGCCCGGAGUCCAGGGUGAUUAUCUCUUCAGGAUUCAGGCAGCGAGUGGAGUCACAGCUCCGUUCAUACGGUACAUGGUUGCGCUAAUAAAUACAUCUGAACCAGUUCAGAAACCUGACUUGGAAGCGGUGCUGCAGCUCGUUGGUGGUGUGUCACUGCUCAGCUCAGAGUGCUUUGAGUCGGCAGAUGCGGCCAAGGAGAUAUCAUCAAAGGCUGCUUUCAUUGCUUCAACGACAGUUGUGGCAGCCGUGGGGCUGUCUAAGUCGGGAGCAGGUGGACAAGGGUGGUCGGUGCCAUCGCCAGCGGUGAACCCGGCAUUAUUGCAGCUCGAUGGGCGUUCCAUAAACCUCACCGCGCUGUCUGGCGUUUCGUAUGUGCAAUCAUGCUUGGCAACGAUGUAUGCUCCGGAAGGGAACAAGGUCUCCGUCAUCCUGCCGGAAUUUGGUGUGGUGGACUGGGCGGGCAACGUAAACCGCGGGCCAUUAGUCCUGGAGCCCCGGCUACCGGGCACAAGGCUGGCGUCUGCGCACAGCUCCUCCCGUGUAGUCGGGGGAUUCUUAGUCGCGGUCUUCCUGCUGCCCGUGCUCACCUCCCGCUGGUCGUCAGUGCAGAGCAUGCACCAUGUGCAGAUGCUGGCCAUGUCGGCAACCAUGGCAUCCCCCGGUGUCAUCGUGGGCUAUCGCCUAAUGGCACGCAAUCUGCGCUGGUCCGUCUUCAGCGUGAAGGGAAACCUCCCAGCCCUCGACAAGGCCUUUCCUAGUAACAACCUUUCUGAUUAUAUCAAUAUUUUGGACCAUGCUCGAUCUGUCCUAGGCUUGGAUACCCAGCGGUCGAUUAAUCGCACUGCUGCGGAAACUCCAGGAGCUGCACGUGAUGAUGGAAUACAAGCCGGAUACCGGAUCGGUAGCUACCCCAGCCUAGAUGCAUUAAUCUCCUGGCUGAAAAGUGUGAACGAGCUCAACAGCAGCGACAGCGGUGCUGGCGCCGAUGCGUAUUACAGAAAUGCUUCCAACAGUAAUAGCAGUAGUGCGCGUAGCACAUAUGUCAUUGCUGGCGCCAUCGCUGCUGGUUAUAGUGACUACGAUGGCGGUUAUGCUGACGAUGUAGUUACCCUGGAUUCCGCUGGGCGAGUACUCAACAAAAGCUCGUCAUCAUCUACUGGCUGGAAUUAUAAUGCGGCUCCACCACCCAUGGGCGGCAACCGAGCCAGCAGCGGGGCUGCUGUUACCAUCAUGACAGACAUACAAGACGUGCGUUACACGCUUGUGGUCUCUGCGAUAGCCAUGGGCUCACUUCUUACGCUGCAUGCGCUGGUGGCAUUUCAUUUCCGGUUGCGAAGUGGAGUUAUGAAGGAUUUGCCACCGCAGCUUUCGUUCCCACGUCCGGAGGUGAACCUUGGAGGACUGAUAUUGGUGGCCUUGGCAUUCAUCGCGUCCAGUGAUCUGGCUGCUGGGCCAUCAUCAGCCAUAGGAACCGGACAUGUUACUCCAGCUGUACUUGUGCUGGUUGUAGCAGUUGUACCAUAUCUACUGUUCAUGUGGUGGCUAACCGUUUGCCGCUGGUACUUGGUGGUAAAGGUGCGCGAAUACCAACCUGUGUUAUGGGCAGAAUCGGUAUCAAGUUCAAAGGCUGGCUGGGCCUUGGCCUACAAGCUCAGCGUGGCUCGUGUUAAAGCUGCGCUUUUCGUCGGUCGCAGCAGGCAUCUUCUGUCAGCCCAGAAGCAGCAGCAGCAGCAGCAGCAGGCGAAGAUGCAAUCCCCCCCAGAAACCCUCAAUGAGGAGGAGCAGGUGGCCCUCGACCUGGUUCCGGAAGGUGUUAUUAGUAAACCACAUGGCGGACACUCUUCACAGCAGUACAAGCUUAAGGCGGUCCCUGCUGCGCCUUCGAGUCGCUCUCCUGUGAGAACCAGGGGGACACUACUUCAAGGCUUGCUGAGCAGCCUUUAUGAAGCCAAGAGGCAAGGUGUUGGCGGUGGUUCGUCCGGGAAGCAGGCAUCAAAAUUGCCGGUGGUAGGUGCCGGCGACGGGCACAGCAGCUCCAUUAUUGCAACUUCAAAGGACCCGUCAGCCCUUCACACAUUACUGCAGUCAUCAAAAGACGGCACACGCCAGCCGAGGCCCUUCAUGAUGAGCGCGCAGCAGCAGCAGCAUGGCCCCAAUGUCGAAUCUACUGCUGCCAGCAGCAGCAGAUCCUCCCCUAGAGGACGAAGCCCACCUAAUAAAAGGCCUCGACCGCGGCGGCCUAGUAACCCAGGGUAUCAUGGGUCUCCCAACACGAGCCAGCAGGAGCAGCAGGCCACCGAGAAUCACGAUGCUGGCGGCGCACUUGAAGGGACAUCCGCAGCCAUGUUUGGUUCAGCAGACGCAGGCGAACCGCCCAAGGCCUCAAACAGGGAUACAGCAAGGCGUCCUGACAACUGGCAACAGGAGAAUGUGCACGGCAACCGUCUUCAAACUGAGAUUGUUGUCAGUUUGCACGACAGAGCAGUCUCUCCCAAAACCCAGGGAAUGAUGACUGCCGCCGACAAUAGUUCCAACCCCUUCCUCGGAGGCGUUUCCAACCCCUUCCUCAUGAUGGGCGUUUUCAAUAACCCCCUCCUGAAGGAAGAAUCCAACAAAGCCCCCAGGAAUGACUCCAGCCCCUUCCUGCGAGCUGUCACAGAAGCAGAAAAAUGCAUCGCAGGAAAAGCAGGCCACAAGCAUGGACAAACAAAAGGAGCCGUGGGUAGUAACACAGGACAGCAGCAGCAGCAGCAGCAGCCGCAGCAAGUGAAGCUGCACGGCCCAUCACGGAUGGCUGGAGCAAGGCCCCCGUAUAAUAUUUCGAACAGUAAGGAACGGUAUAUGCAGUACACAUCGUACAUGCAUUACAACACGCGCAUUAGCUCAUUACUCAAAGGGGCAGGGGCGCCCAAACUAUCUGGGCUUCCGCUUCGUGCUUUGCAGGACAAAGAGGAUGCCUGCAACAAGGGACACCCUAACGUGAUGCCAUCACCUGCCAUCCCAAUGUCUGUGAAUACGCAAGCAGCCACCCUACCAUACCAGCGUCGGCUCCAAGGUAUCUCCGGCAAUGGCGGCGGCAUGAAGAGUAGCAUCGGGCUCCAUGAUAGCAAUAGGGGCAGCACCCAAGGGUACGUCAUGCACUACAACAUACUUGCCGGACACGGCGGCAGGCAGUGGGACAACACGCUACAAACACCCGGCGUCGCACUUCCUACGACUCUCGCAGCAUGGUGGGAUCGUCAACAGCAACAGCAGCAGGUGGACAGCCGGACUACUCAAACAAACUUGAUUUCUGGAACCUCCGCGGUGGUGCAGCAAAGCAGAACCCGCGAGGGGAGUAAUGGAUUCGGAGAUGCCACGACUGCCGGGCAGGGGAUGACGAGCGAGUACAUACCCAUGGGCAGUCCUGCGUGGCGAGCUGCUGUUGGAAUGUCCAAGUCGCUCACCCCGUACCCCGGCAAGCUCAUUCCCAUGGACCUGCUGGACUAUCAGCCAGGCUGCUGGCCGCUUCGGUGGCAUCUCACACCAACGGUUCAAUUCCUGGCACGUUUCGAGUUCUUGUUUGAGGAAGCAAUCGGAGUAGGUAAUCAACAGGCAGGCCGGGAGACAAAGCUAAUCCUUUCUUCCAGGUCCAUCAAUCACACGCACAAGGUUCUGUGUGCCGCCACAUUUGGAGCCGUCGGCAUUCAUACCCACAACACUGCGCAGGUUGUGGCGCUGUGUGCACUGCAGGCGGCCAUUGUCGCCUACCUGGUGCUUUGGCGGCCGUUUGUGGAGAAGCCGAGGCUUGUCAUGGAGCUGGUUUGCCACGUGUUUGAGAUGGUGCUGUUCAUCUGUGCAAUCUUGCUGCUGAACGCCGUCCCAGACGAGAAUGCAAGAACCACCUACCUCAUGAUUGCAUGCUUUUUCGUGGUUUCGCUAGCAGCAAUCUUGCACGAGCUGUGGUACCUCCUGCCAGAUCUGUUCAGGCUCUGGCAGACGGGGGUGAAGCCGUGUCUGGCACAGAAAGUAGCAGGAGCCUGGAGCUCGGUAAGGGCGUGGCUCGCGCGGAGAAAGGAACAGCAGCAGGUGGCCGCAGCGAACAACGCCGAUCAGGCGGCUGCUGGGGACGAAUACCUUGAUCAGGCGGCCCAAGGAGAAGACCUCGAGCUGGCUUGUGUAGACGGCACCGAGCAGCAGGCUAGGGGGAUAACCGGCGGCAUCGACCUCGGGCAACGGGCUCGGAUGCAGUAA